AUGGUGGACGGUGUCGGUCGUCCUGAGAAUGCGCUUGUUAUUCUGGCACUUUCACUCUCCUUGAAUUGUUCCAAAAUUCCUCGUGCUAUAGUCACACAAACCAAGCUCAACUCAUUGACAUUUGAAAGCUCAACUUCGACCAUGGCUGAACCAACCAAGACACCAACAAGCAAUCCUCCCCCUAAGCAAGGCUCGACCCCCCGAGGUAGCCCGGCAUCUGGGAGCUCAAGUACAAGUAGCUGCUCCGGUAUACAGCGAGACACGGCGGAAAUUGGGAGCUGGGUGACUAUCCCUGGCCUCGACGAGGCAAAGACCCCCAACUCGCUAACUGUUACAAAAGAUGAAUGA